GUGCUAGUGUGGGCUGGUCAGACAGGCGAGAGGGUUUAAAGCCAGCGACACAGCGAGCAGACUCUGAGCAGGGAGUAGUUACCUUCACCGCUACUGAACCCCACCCCUCCCCAAAAAAAUGCCCCAAAACGUGGUACUGAACGGACCGGGCCCCUGGGGAUUCCGACUGACCGGCGGGGCUGAUUUUAACCAAAGUUUGACCGUCUCUCGGGUGACACCUGGAAGCAAGGCUUCACUGGCUAAUCUCUCCCCAGGCGAUGUUAUUCUGGCCAUCGAUGGAGUGAGCACAGACAACAUGGCUCAUGUUGAUGCACAGAACAGAAUCAAGGCUGCAAACGACAUGCUGAGCCUCAAGAUCGACAGACCUGAAACGAAGCUCUGGUCUCCUCAAGUGACUGAAGGUGGCAAAGCAAAUCCGUUCAAGAUUAAUUUGGAGGCUGAACCACAGGCUCUAGGCUACUUUGAACACAAGUUUAAUACCAGACCCAAACCAUUCUCAGUAGUUGCUACCCCGAGCAGGUCAGACGCAGCGCCCGGAGUUGAACAGUCGGAUGUUUAUAAAAUGCUGCACGAAGACCAGGAGGAGAGCAAUGAGCCGAGGCAAUCUGGCUCCUUCCGGGCAAUCCAGGACUACCUGGAGUCAGAUGAAAGUGGCAAUCGCCCAGCUGUGACCAAAAGCGUGAGAGCUCCAGUGACGAAGGUCGGUGCGUCGGCGGGUAGCGUUCAGAAGCUGCCGCUCUGUGACAAGUGCGGAAACGGAAUUGUUGGGACGGUGGUGAAAGCUCGUGACAAGUACCGGCACCCCGAGUGCUUCGUCUGCGCGGACUGUGAGGUGAAUCUCAAGCAGAAGGGAUACUUCUUCAUCGAAGGACAGCUCUACUGCGAAGACCACGCCAGGGCACGGACCAAGCCGCCUGAGGGAUAUGACGCCAUGCCUGUCUAUCCCAACAUGAAAGCUUAAUACCUCCUGGCAGGGAAUGAACAAAGAAAUAACCCGAAGCAUCAAUGAUCGGGAGAAACCGGCCUCACUGUUAACGAUCCAAACACAGUUAUAUACAAAACGCUGGACUAACUCAGCGGGACAAGCAGCAUCUCUGGACAGAAGGACUGAAGAAGGGUCUCGACCCGAAAAGUCACCCGUUCCUUCUCACCAGAGAUGCCACCUGUCCCGCUGAGUCACUCCAGCAUUUUGUGUCUAUCUUCGGUUUAAACCAGCAUCUGCAGUUCCUUCCCACACAGUUAGAUACAAUAUAUGUAGAAAGGAACUGCAGAUGCCGUUUUACACCGAAGGUAGGCACAAAAUACUUGGGCAGCUUACACCCCAUAUCAUGUUAUUCCCUUUAUCAUGUAUCUAUACACUGUAAAUGGCUCGAUUGUAAUCAUGUAUUGUCUUCCUGCUGACUGGUUAGCACACAACAAAAGCUGUUCACUGUACCUCGGCGCACGUGACAAUAAACUAAAACUGAAGCUAUGACUGAAACUGAACCUUGCGGUAUGAAUAUUGACUUCAAAUAGCCCAUGCUUUUAUCCCUCUCACUCUCCAUCCCUCCCCCAUCCUAGUUCUCCCAACUAAUUUGACUGUCCUCCUGAUUAAAAUAUUAUCUUUGUAUGCCUCGUUGUCACCUUCCCCGCAGCUCACAAUGGGGUCAAGCCUGCAUUUUCGUUGACCUGCUUCCCCUUUGAUCUCUCGUUUUCACACCUUACCCUUCCAUAUCUCUCUGCGUAGAAUAGUGUAGAAUAGAACUAGC